UAUAUACACCAGAAUCUCGACACAUGCAAGGAAAUAACCGCCCAGAAGCAAAGCAGCUUUAUGUACAAUAGAGUCUCAACACAUGCAAAGAGAAGCAAGGAGCAAGCAAGCUGACGAGCAGGCAAGUCAGCAAGCAAGCAUUACAUACAACAGAUUCUUAACACAUGAAAUGAAAAACGAACGCCCAAUGCCAAUUGCCAAAGACAAAGGAAAGACAAAGGAAACCCCCCAAACCACCGCCCCCCGGAUCCCCCGACGAACAACCCCCGCGAACCGUUUCCGACCCAAAUUCCAUCGACCGCCUCUGUCGCGCCCCCGGGAUACCGUGGCCCUACCGACACCCCUUGCCCGCCGGCUAGCUGCUGACAUACUGACCGUGUAUGUCGUCGCUCGGGCAUCCUUUGAACCGCCGGCCAGAUCGAUACCCGGUAAGCGUGGAUGACAACUUCACCAAGCUUUGCUGCCCACACAAAGCCCAGAUCCGCCGCCAACCUUGAACGCUAUCAGGUCGAUUGCCUCUGUCAUUCUCGGAGAUGCCUCUGCUCAGACACCCGGGGUACCGGAAACUAGUGUCGCAGCGGGGUCGGAAAUGCCGGCGGCUCGUAAGCACCCGAGGGUUAGCCGGUACGAAUCGAUGUUGGUGAAUCU